AAAAAGCUGCAUAUGUACUGUAAUAUGCCCUCGACAACAAUGGCUAUCAACCACCAUUCCGCCAGUGAACAACUUCACAGAUUAUCAUUAUUAUCCUAAUGUAGAAGCAAAACAAAAAAGUGCAUAGACACGCCCCUCUGAUUGUGAGCGGAAGUUGUUGUGAACGCAAGAGGCCCAGCAAAGCCCAGCACCAGCUGCUAGCAGAUCUGCAGCAUGAAACUGGAAAGGUUUUGUUUUUGCUAGCUCGACGAUAGAGCUCAUCUGGCUACGUUUCGUUUUGCACGUUUUGUCAUAUGGAUUUUGGUCUGGUGUUCAUUGCACUGCUUUCCUAUCCCAUCGUUCUGAUUUAAAUUUGUUAAACGUGGUUUGGAACCACUUCCUUGAAUGCUCUGUUAAAUAAUAUGGAGACACGUGCAGCUCGUCAGAAACGGCUUGUGGAGCAGGCGAAUAAUGCCUCCAGGAAUUCCAUUGCACCUGAAACUGCGCUCACGGGCCGUGUCAGUACUGGAGGUCCUCGAUUGUCCUUUCUUUGUCACGCAGAUAAGGGAAUAAUCCGAAAAGACGAUCGCGUGUGGGCAUUACAAACGGACGAAAAAGGCAGUUCGCUGUGGCGAUUGGCGAAGGUCAUUGAUGCUUCUGAUCCUAAAGAUUUCUCCAAUUCGGACUCGUAUUUGGUGCAUAUCUUCAGACAAUCAGCUAGUGCGGAUACUUGGUUGUCCAAAGAUUCCAUUUUGACUAACACGGAGAAGAAUCGUGCUGAUGUCGUGAAACUCAACGGGGAUUUGGAAAAGCAGAAUCCAAAGCCUUUCGCUGUCCGGAAAUCCGGCCACCGCAGCUCGCUCUCAGCUGCAAAUGGAAAAUCUGGCGACUCGAUGCUAAGAUCUCACAAUCAGAAAAACGCCUCUCAGUUGAAACUAGAGAAAAUCGGAGAGGAGCAGAAAGAAAACGAAGAUAAGAAAGCAAAUGCUUCCAAGUCCUUAAUUCCGCUACCACGUAAACAGCGAUUUCCAUUUCCUCCGGCCAAUAUUGCAUCUGCCGCUGAACCCGCACAUCCCGUUAUGAACUUUGACUAUACAAGUAUUAGGAUUUCAUCUAUGCAUGAAAAACUUUCAGAUGGAAUUUUGCGAAUUGUGCCCGGAAUGCGAGUUGUCAGCCAUCCUACGUUUGGUGUAGAUGGUGGUGAUAUAUUUCGAGUGAUGCGUACAGGGAUUCUUCUCCGUCCGGAGCAAAGGGCGCCGAACACAUUCGUGAUGGUCAGCAUAUGUAAAAAGCCUUCCGUCCUGCCGGCAGAGGAAUUUCAUCCCCGUUGCUUGCGAAUAUUGGUAAAUGAACAAAUGGUUCAGAAAAUGUUUCCGGAUGGCAAAGCACCGUACCCUCAGAUCCCGUUGGAGAUUCCAGCAUCCGAAAUGAACGAUGUGAAUGUGCUGGAGAUUUCUUGGGUAGAAUCGACACCUCAGGAGUUGGCAGUGGAUUAUUAUGUAUACGUGUACCUGGCCAAGCGGAAAUCGGUUACGCAGGUGGUGGAAUCGACGAUUACCAAUACGCUUACUUUAGCUGAAUGUCUGGCACAUGAACGCGAUAGUGAGCUAAGCAGCGAUAUCACAACUGGAUCGCGGACGGUUCAGCUAAAUUGUCCUAUUUCGAAGCAGAGGAUCGGUCUUCCUGUUCGUGGACGCUAUUGCCGUCAUUUACAGUGUUUUGACGCUGGUAGUUUCAUUUCUAUUAACUUCGGACCCGCUGCACGAUUCCUCUGCCCUUUAUGCGCUCAGGUUGUGUUGCCACAUCAUCUUGUUGUCGACCAAUUUUUCCAGGAGCUGUGUAUUUUUACAAAAGAACAUUGUGUGGAGUUGCUUUUGGACGAUCUGGGAAUCACCGCGCGAGAAUUCACUAGAAAGGUUAAGGUGCCACUCCAGGUUUUGACGAACAUAGCGCAAAGCCGCAUGCCCGGGCAGAACACAGCUAACGAUCUGAAUGAAAGCGUUGUUUGUUUGAAUUAAAUCCUAAUCUUUUGCUGCAGUGGAACCACCGGAUUGAGAUCUUCAUAGCCAUGUAAGUGGUUAAUGGUUAUAGCCGGCUAUCGUUGGAUAUUGUUUGGUAAUUUUCGUUUUUUGCUGCAAAGUGCAAGCUUUGUCUCGGGUUAGUUUAUUCUUUGAGAUGCCAAAAUGAGUACAUAUGAUGCUAAUUUCUGUGUUUAAAUUGUAACGUGUAUUAUUAUCUUAUAUUUUGGCUGCUUUUUGGGGUAAAAAUUAUAUUAUUUUGCCCACUCUAUUUGCUGUAAGUACUAAAAAGUAAGUACUUUCUGCAUGUGAAUUCCUGGAAUCCUGGUUUAGUGCCAGAGACACGAAAAAAACUGAAUGUUGGUACUCGCAUCUGUAAAUUCGUUGCUAAUCAUGCAUAUACUCAGAACAUGAUGCAAUUCAACUUUGCGGAUUCUGUUACAAUCUUAUGCAAGAGAUCAAGAAUGCAAAACAACAAACAUAGUUCGUUUUUUUGUUACACAUCUUUCGCCCGAUGACUUUCGGCUUCGAAGGCGCUUCGAUUUCCGCAUUAUCAAUGUUCACACCCACUAGAAACAAAAAACAAAAUAAUGUUAUCAAACGUUUGCAACACUGAAAUGCAAAACCGCGUAAAAAAUGUUAUUCUUCGCUAAACGCUAUUAAACGAGAGAUUAAUCGCUGCCUUGACAGUUAAUUUUUGACGGAGUACAACCAUUCUCUUUUUUUUCCCUGGCGAUUCUGACAGUCCUGACUCACCGUUAUGUAUCUGUAGCUUGCUUCAG